AUGAGACGCGUUUUAUCGCAAUAUGCAUACUUCUGUGUCUCACGAUGCGCCAAGGAUACGGUGCAAAGAUUCUUGGCCUCUUGCCGUUUCCCUGGCAAAUCACACCUGCCGAUAACUUCAUCAGUGCUACACAGCCUCGUUAAAAAGGGACACGACGUAACGGCAUUUGUUCCACGAUCCACAGGAUUCACCGCCGCCAACUACAAAGAGAUUAAUUAUAAUGGUACACCAAUAGCAGAUAACGUCGACGUCAUGCAGUUCAUUACCGAAAACUAUUUUACCAGGCGCUUGCGGUUUUAUGAAAUGGGAACUCUGACGACUGAAAGAGCUUUGGACACUUCAGAAGCCAGGAAUCUCAUCAGAUCCGAAGAAAAGUACGACGUUAUCGUCAUGGAAGAGUUCUUAAACGAGGCAUUCUACGUAUUUGCCCACAAAUUCAAAUGCCCAGUCGUCCUCGUCCAUUCCUUCGGCGCCACUAGUAUGCUAGUAACCGAGCAACAUUUUCUUAGCGCAGAUGAGAGGCUACGCCGAGUCUCUGGUCCUGCAAACCAUGACAGAGGACCAGAUUCACAGUGCGAUAAUGAAAGUCUGAACCGAUACAAAGUACAGGGAUAAUGUAGGAAAGAUAUCGGCGUACUGGAGGGAUCAGAUGGAUCAUCCUUUGGAUCAAGCCGUGCACUGGGUGGAAUAUAUAAUAAAACGUGGUGGAGCGAGGCAUCUCAAAGCAGCUAUAACGGAGCAAAGCUUUGUGCAAUAUUUA